UUGAGAACACCUUCCACAGCCGCCAUGAAUGGAGAAGAGCCACGACGACGACGACGGAUGACAAUUCUGAUGCUUCCUAAUGAUUUGGUAUAUAACUGCUUAGCCCGCGUCUCAAGAUUGUAUUACCCAAUUCUCUCUUUAGUCUCCAAGAGAUUCCGCUCUCUCCUUGCUUCAACGGAACUUUAUCAGACCCGAACCCUCCUAGGCCGCACCGAGUGUUGUCUUUAUGUUUGCUUACGGCUACAUAGCGGCACUCAGCCACUACGUUGGUUCACUCUCUCUCGGGAACCAAUCAACUCCACAAAGACGCUGGUCCCGAUUUCAUCUCCUAAUUCUCCAUCUGCAUUGUGGUCGGAUGCUGUAAUGGUUGGUCCUAACAUCUACGCUAUUGGAGGAUUAGUGAAUGAUAAAGCUUCGUCUAGCGUCAUGGUCAUGGAUUGUCGUUCUCACACAUGGCGUGAGGCACCACCUAUGCGUGUGGCCCGUGAGUUCCACCUUCACACAUGGCGUGAGGCACCACCUAUACCUAUGCGGAUGUCCCGUGAGUUCCUCCACUCUGCUUGCGUCCUUGAUGGGAAAAUAUAUGUACCAGGAGGUUCUAAAGAUCUUGAUUUGACGAAUUGGAUGGAGGUUUUUGAUACCAAGACCCAAACGUGGGAGUUUUUUCAGAUCCCUAGCAAGGAGAUAUUUGGAGGCUCUAUGUACUUAACCGCAGUGUAUGAAGGAACUUUCUUUGUGAAAUGUUUCAACAAGCAUGUGAUGUACAAGGUGCACAAAGGUAGAUGGAGAGCGGCAGACAUAAUUCUAAAGGAUAGUUGGGGUGAUUGUCGGUAUUCAUGUUAUUGUGUGAUAGAGAACGUCUUCUACCGUUAUAAUGAUAGCAAGAUCAAUUGGUAUGACUUCAAUGAUAGAGUAUGGAAAACUUUGAAGGGUUUUGUAGGAUUGCCUAGUUUAACAAGAUUCUCUCUGGCUAAAAUGGUGGAUUAUCGUGGGAAAAUGGCUCUACUGUGGGAAGAGCAUGUGUUUGUUGACAACCGUAAAGAGACAAGAUUCUGGUGUGCGGAAGUUGCGAUUGAAAAACGCGACAAACAAGAGAUUUGGGGAGUGGUAGAAUGGUCAGGCAUUGUGUCUACAACCAAUAAGCCAUAUAGUUUAGCGCAUGUUCUUGCUACUACCAUUUGAUGGAUAUGAGUCAUGCAUGAUUAUGUGAAUCAUUAAGGAAUAUGAUCACUUUUGUUUUCA